CAGUGUUCCUUCUUCAUGUGUCACCUCCAUGAGUACCACUUUGUUAAAGAGAAGAAGACCUGGACUGAAGCCCAGCAGUAUUGCAGAGAGCAUCACACUGACCUGGCCACAGUGUCUAACAUGACAGACAUGGAGAGACUCCAUGACUCUGCACAGAAUCAAGAUGGAGCCUGGAUUGGGCUUUACAGCGACCCUGAAAGAAAUGAGAGAGGGAUGUGGCACUGGCAGUGGUCGACAGAUAAAGUGAUCCUGAUCAAGGAGAAUAUGACCUGGGAGGACGCCUUAUAUUACUGCGAAGAGAAACACCAUGACCUGGUCUCCAUCACCAACCCUGACGAGCAGAGAUGGGUCCAAGAGAAAGCCAAGAAGGCCGACAGUCCCUACGUCUGGCUGGGACUGCGCUACACCUGCACUCUGGGUUUCUGGUUCUGGAUCGAUGACAAGAUGGUCACCUAUAAGAACUGGGUCGCAGAUGUACCAGCGGAUGACUGUGACAUGUCUGGAGCCAUGGACAGAGGAGGAGAACAUAAGUGGUUCAAAAAGAAUGACAAUGAGAAGUUUAAUUUCAUCUGUUCUACGUGCCAAACCCUCUAUACUCACUGUUAGCAGGCCUUUGAUUCAUUUACUCACUUUGUUUGCAGUGCUGUGUUACUUUUGGAAACAUUUACACUAUAAGAUGUGUUUGUUGAACGGCAUUCUGGGACAUGUAGUAAUCCCAACCUGAGGGGGAGAGAUGUGAAAUCACCAGCAGACUUUUUCACAGCAGAUUUAAAUAGAGAGAAAGUAGCUACAUUGAAGUCAGUUUCAAAGCAGCAUCAGAUUACUGAGGAUGUGACCCUGUGAUGGGUUUUUCUGUCUCUUUAUUCUGAUUCAACAACACCUGAGUUAUCAAUAUUUGUCAUUUUCUGAGCUUGUUGUUGUUAUAUUUUAUUUCUCUAUCUUUAAUUCAUCUUCUGAGGUUGUAUUUAGUU